CGCGAUCGUCUGCCAAGUGUUUGCGAAAUGUUGCUUUGUUUUGUUUUUGCCUUAAAUAUAAACAAGGAUAGCAGACACACAAAAAGGAUUCAAAGUCUUCCGUUUUUGGCAGACGAACAUUUUGUUUGAAUAAUUGCCAGGAUGUGACGUCAUUGUCCCGCGACCAGGCAAGUCGACUCAACGGUUCCUCAUGAGCACGGGACCGAUUUCCUUCUACAAUAAGUCUUGAAAUUGUCAUGGCAACAGAGGGGGUGGAAAAGACGAGUGAAGAUGCUCCAGCAGCUGGAAAGGCCAGCACCAGGUAUGACCUGGAAAAGGAGACUGAACUUCGCUUUGAGGUGGAGUCAGGGGAAGCAGCUGAACAAGUUGAGCUGGAGCUGCUCACAGGAAUGGCUGAGGUGUUUGGCUCCGAGCUAAACCGAAACAAAAAGUAUACAUUUGGACCAGGCUCUAAGAUUGCAGUUUUCACUUGGCAAGGCUGUAGUGUGAAUCUUUAUGGGAAGCCAGAGGUUGCUUAUGUGUCCAAGGAUACGCCCAUGCUGCUCUACCUAAACACACAUGCAGCCCUUGAACAGAUGAGAAAACAAGCAGAGCGUGACAAUGAGAGGGGGCCAAGGGUGAUGGUGGUGGGACCGACAGAUGUUGGGAAGUCAACGGUGUGUCGGCUGCUUCUCAGCUAUGCUGUGAGGGUUGGAAGGAGGCCAACAUUUGUGGAACUGGAUGUUGGACAGAGUGGGGUGUCUGUACCCGGCACAGUGUCAGCGCUCUGCAUCGAGCGUCCAGCGGACGUGGAGGAGGGUUUCUCAGUCCAGGCUCCUUUGGUCUACCACUUUGGGUCUACUAGUCCAGGGACCAACAUCAAACUUUACAACAAGCUGACAUCGUGCCUGGCUGAGGUGUUUUCCCAGCGCUGUGAAGUGAACAGGAAAGCCAGUGUAGGAGGCUGCAUCAUCAACACCUGUGGCUGGGUGAAGGGCUCUGGAUACCAGGCUCUGGUCCACUGUGCGUCAACCUUUCAGGUGGAUGUGGUUCUGGUAUUGGACCAUGAAAGGCUCUACAAUGAACUCAAAAGAGACCUCCCUCACUUUGUGCGGGUUGUGCUCCUACCCAAGUCCGGGGGAGUCGUGGAACGCUCCAAGGAGUGUCGGCGGGAUACUCGGGAUGAGAAGAUCCGCGAGUAUUUCUACGGCUUCCGUGGAGUCACCUUCUACCCCUUUUCUUACGAAGUGCGUUUCUCAGACGUUCGCAUCUAUAAAAUUGGCGCUCCAUCCAUCCCGGACUCAUGCCUGCCACUGGGAAUGUCCCAGGAUGACACACAGCUAAAACUGGUGCCUGUUACUCCAGGAAGAGACCUCACAUACCACGUCCUAAGCGUGAGCAGUGCUGAAGACGGAGAUGAAGGUGCUAGAAAGGGCAUAGUGGAGAGUCCUGUGUGUGGCUUUAUUGUGGUGACUCAUGUAGAUACUCAGACACAGGUGAUGAAGGUGCUCUCCCCAGCACCUAGACCCCUGCCCAGGCAUACUCUGCUCAUCAUGGACAUUCGCUUCAUGGAUAUGAAAUGAAGCAGGCCCUCAGAGGAGAGGACUUGGAUCGAAGACGUCCUGCUGGGUACCCUUUUUAUUUUAAGGCUAUCUUGUUUGUACUUUACAGAGAAAACAUUUUAAGUGUUGAAAUUCGGAAUGCAUCAUUUUUUGUGGUUCAUGUGAAUCCAGUUUUCAGCCUGUUUCAUACAUUUUAUGAUUUAAUUUCUACUUAUUCAACAAUAAGAUGAUGGGGAGCAGGGUUUUUUAUACUGAAGAUUUUUCGUCUCAUUGCACAGAAGAGGGAAUUAAAUAAGAAAAAAACAUUACUCUCUACACUAGCCGUUGGUCAAUUUGUUGUGUUAUCAAUUUUAGCAUGAGCUGGGAAUUGGUGCAUCCCUAAUAGAAAUUGAAAGCAGCUGUAAAUUCUAGACCACACUGCACAGAUGUCUGUAGAAAAGGAUUUUUUUUUAAUCAAAGCAAAGAUAAAAUAUUUUUCUUCAUAAUCUGUUUCAUAGAGAUUUUUUUCUCUUGAGUAAUAAAUUUUUUAAAUGUAAAAAGUUGUGUGAGUUUGUUUUUAAUUACACUAUCUGACUAUCUAUCAGUAUGUUUCCCUUACUAACAAACAAUAAUUUAAUUAUCUGCAUACCCAAUAUGUAGUGAGCUGAGGAUGGAACACACUUAAUGAACUUAAUUCUAAUCCAAUCAAACCUGGGAAUACUUUGAAGUUUCAUAACCUUUCCUAAAGAAAUUUAAUGUUUUAUUCAGUAGGUCUUCUGUUUUGACAAAAGAAAGGCAAAUAAUAAUAACCUGUAGGCUUCAUUAAAACACACACAGUACCAGCAUGCUAGUGAUUGUUUGGGAGCACUACACUAGCAGGUCAUUUAAUAUUUGUUCUGUAAACACUUACCAGCUUACCAAACCAUACCAGAUGCUCUUUUAAUUUUUUAGAGUAACAGCGUUUCUAUGUAUGACAACAUGACUUAUAAGCAUACACAAAAACAACACUGUGUGAUGCAUAAUACGUGCAAAUAUCUCAAACUAAGUAUAUAAUAAAUAAGUGUAGAUAUUUAAAUGUAAGCACGUGGUUCAAAAAAAUAAUAUUGGAUAGAUUUGUUGUCUUUGAAUCUUUUCUUGCUAAUAUUUUGUGUUGUUUUUUUUGUUUUUUUUUCUGAACCUUUUUGUUUUAUUAAAUUACUUAAUUUUUCUUUUCUAUUCCCUGCCUGCCAUAUGUAGUGUUUCUUUGCACCUACUUUAUGCAUGUCAGUGUUAACCAUUUGUCAUAACCAGCAGGGUGUGGAUUAAUCGUAGGUGGGUCUUUUGUGGAGGGUUGAGAUGGCCAUCUGGAACGUAGAUUGUGAAUUUUGUGGAAAAGAAACCGUGUAAAACCAUUUCAAGUAGGUGUACCGUCAAAAUAUUUUCACAAACAGCUUAUGGCAAAUAAAACUCCUUAUUAAAAAAUAUAGAAAUCAGUAUCUGGUGUGACUGCUGUUUUCUUUUUAAACAGCAGUUGUUCUUUUUGGUGUAUAGCAUUUUUUCCCCCUAAGGUAUGUUCCAGGUGGGUUGUUUUAAGCAUUUUCGGUGGAUUUGCCACACUAAUGUGAAUUUAGGUUUUAAAGCUGUUUUCAAGCAAAACUGCCCUUUCUUUCUUUCUUGUUUGUGCUCCUUGCAGCUUCACUGUUACAGCUUUAUUCCUCUCAUUCAUAUGCAUGUAUUCUAUCUUGCUUUGUUAACUUUCCUCUUCUCUCUCCAGGCUCUCUUCUAUCUGCUUCAUACUUUCACUACAGAUCACAAUGUUAUCUGCAAACAUUAUAGUCCACAGAUACUCCUGGCUUACCUCAUAUAUCAAAAUGUCCAUCACAAUUACAAACAAGAAGGGUCUCAGAGCAGAUCCCUGAUAUAAACCCACCCCGACCAUGAACCCAACCAACUGAUUCACUAACUUUCCGCAAAGCUCUUAAACUCCUUCUAUCAUCUCAAUACACUCUUUCACUGAUAAGUAUCUUUCCAUCUCUAUUCUUAACCAUCCAAACUGCUGCACAUCCUUUCCAGCUUAGUCUCCAGUCUCAUAAGCAUUUUCCUUUACCAACUAGCCACUAGGAACUCCUGUCUACUGUCUGUCUCCCACUUUUUCUUCGCUACCCUCUUCCAUUUGUUGUGCCAAAAGUGAUUGCGUGCCAAAAACUGAUUUCCAGCGUUUCUGUGUAUUUUUACGUGUAAUAUCU